AUGGCCUACACCCUAGGCUCGGCCCCUGAGGGCCAGACACGCAGCGUCGCACCUCAGCACUGCGUCACUCGGGUGGAGCUGUCCGUCACCGCAACCAGCCUGCUGGACCGAGAUGUAGCCUCCAAGUCUGACCCCUUCUGUGUUCUCUUCCAUGAAGUUGAUGGAAACUGGGUGGAGCUCGGCCGCACUGAAACAGCUGUGAACAACUUGAACCCAGUGUUUGGAGUGAAGUUUCAGGUGGACUACCACUUUGAGGAGAUCCAGAAGCUUCGCUUUGCCAUGUUCGAUGAAGACAAGUGUGCCACGCAGCUCUACGAGCAUGACUUCCUGGGAGAAUUCAUUUGUACACUGGGAGUGAUUGUGUCCAAUAAGAAACUUCACAGACCAUUGAUCUUAGCCAAUGGGAAGCCAGCUGGCAAAGGAUCCAUUACAAUAACAGCUCAGGAGCUGUCUGACAACAGAAUCAUCACUUUGACCCUGAGUGGGCGGAAACUGGAUAAGAAGGACUUUUUUGGGAAGUCAGAUCCCUACCUGGAGUUUCACAAGCAGGGAGAAGACGGCAAAUGGAUGCUGGUGCACAGGACAGAGGUCAUAAAGAACACUUUAGAUCCAGCAUGGAAACCCUUCACUGUGCCCCUCAUUUCUCUCUGCAAUGGCGAUGUGGACAGAAACAUCAAGGUUCUGUGUUACGACUAUGAUAAUGAUGGAGGCCACGACUUCAUAGGAGAGUUUCAAACGACGGCUGCCAAGAUGAGUGAAGCCCAGAACUCAGUGGAGGUGGAGUUUGACUGCAUCAACCCCAAGAAACAGAAGAAGAAGAAGAACUAUAAAAACUCUGGAAUUAUCAUCGUCAAGCUAUGUAAGAUUACAAGAGACUACACCUUUCUGGAUUACAUACUGGGAGGAUGCCAGCUCAUGUUUACAGUUGGUAUAGACUUCACAGCAUCUAAUGGGAACCCUCGAGAGCCGUCCUCCCUCCACUACAUUAACCCACUGGGCAGCAACGAGUAUCUUGCUGCCAUUUUAGCUGUGGGACAAAUCAUACAGGACUAUGACACCGACAAAAUGUUUCCUGCUCUGGGAUUCGGAGCCCAACUCCCACCAGACUGGAAGGUGUCGCACGAAUUUGCCAUCAACUUUAACCCCACCAACCCCUUCUGCUCAGGUGUGGAGGGUAUCGCCCAGGCCUACUCUGCCUGUCUCCCUCACAUUCGUUUCUACGGCCCGACAAACUUUGCCCCGAUCAUAAACCACGUAGCGCGCUUUGCUGCCCAGGCACUUCAGCAAGAGAAAGCAGCGCAGUACUUCACUCUCCUCAUUAUAACAGACGGCGUCAUCAGCGAUAUGGACGAGACGCGUCAUGCCAUCGUCCAGGCGUCUAAACUACCCAUGUCCAUCAUCAUCAUAGGCGUGGGCAACGCAGACUUUGCUGCGAUGGAGUUCUUAGAUGGAGACGCCAGCGUUUUGAGGUCCAACACAGGAGAGGAGGCUGUUCGGGACAUUGUGCAGUUCGUCCCAUUCAGGGAUUUCCGUAACGCACCCAAGGAGACCCUCGCUAAGUCGGUCCUGGCAGAGCUGCCUCAGCAGGUCACCCAGUACUUCAAACAGCGGAAUCUACCGCCCAGCAACCCGGCGCCAGAGUGA